CCGGGAGUGGCGGUUGUUUCAAGAUGGCGGAUGUGACGGCCGUCACCGGCUCGGGGGUCGAGGCGUACUGGAGCCGGGACCUUUCUGAUGAGGAACAUGCGGUGCUACAUAUUUCAGCAGGAACUGGUAGAGUGAAACACAAGUCGAAAAUUUCCAAAGCUGGUGUUAAGCUGAAGGCUUCUAAGGCAGCUGAUCCUUCUGUUGCUAUGGAUCCUUUCAAAGGUGCAGGAGACUCAGCGUGUAAAGAGACUGUUCACAAUGGAGGAAUGAAGAGUGCCUGCUUGAAGGACUUAUGUCCUGAAGACAAAAGACGUAUUGCAAACUUAAUUAAAGAGCUUGCCAGGGUAAGUGAGGAAAAGGAGGUGACAGAAGAACGACUAAAAGCUGAACAGGAGUCGUUUGAGAAGAAGAUCAGACAGCUAGAAGAGCAGAAUGAGCUUAUCAUCAGAGAAAGGGAAGCCCUGCAGCAACAGUAUAGAGAGUGCCAGGAACUUCUGAGUCUUUAUCAGAAAUACCUUUCUGAACAGCAGCAGAAGCUCUCUCUGUCCCUCUCAGAACUCCACACUGGUAAAGUGAAGGAGCAUCAUCAGGUGCCCCUCAGGAAGGACUCUCCCCGUUCUCCACAUCAGGAACAGAAUGGUCCCUGUCGGAAUCUCACAAGUUCACAAAACUAUCAAAACAAGAAUGAGCCUAAAUAUGCAAACCAGAGCUCAGCUUCAGAAACAAAUCUGCACUUCAGGAAUUAUUCUCCCAGGAUGGCAGCCCUUCAUCUUCCCCAGGAUGGUCUGAAUAGGGAACAAGCAGGGGCAAGAACAUGUAACCACAGGUCCCCAGGAGCAAAGCUAAUGGGCUCAAUUCCAACAGAGAGAGCCUCAUCAGAUGAAAUGAGACUUAAGGAAUUUUCACACUCCCGGCCUUACCUAGGUGGUCAUUGCUGUGUUCACAGUAAUCCUGAAAAUGAAGAUCAUGUUCAUGGGAACCAUCAGGCAAAAAUGACCAGAUGGCAUCCCAGGACACAUCAUCAGGAGCAUUGCGAUUAUUGUGAGCUCUCCUGGACACCUAUGCUACGUGCACCAGUGUCAUUGGAGCCUGAGGAAGCGGAUGACAAAAAGCAGAUGUCCGCAGAGAGGAGGAAUCAACUUCUCCUGCAGAAAAUGGAGCUGGAGAUUGAAAAGGAGCGCCUGCAGCAUCUGCUGGCCCAUCAGGAAACAAAACUUCAGUUGAAACAGCAGCAGCUCCACCAGUCCCGGCUGGAUUAUAGUCGGUUAAAAAGCCAGGCUGAGUUUAAUUCAAGAGAUACUACCUUUGAUGAAGCACUCAGGAAAACCCAAGAACCGAAUCUUUCAUUGAAUGGAAUUGACACAGGACUAAGAUCCUGGCUCUGUGUCCAGCUCUGGGGCUCUUGUAUUGCAGAGAUCAGUACUGACCGCUGGCUCGCAAGUCCACACCUGAGCUUACUGAAGUUGAAGUGUGAUGAUUACCUGCUAAGAACAUCAUCACCCAAUAAAGGAUCCACACUGCACAGUGAAGGGCACAGGACGGGGAAGAAAACAGUUGGGUUUCGGUCAGCUGUAGACGAAGAUGUUCUUUGGACGUAUCAAAAGAAUGACAUGAGCAGAUCCAGAAGAGGGACAAUGUUGGGAGCUAGAAAAGAUGCAACCCCAUCUCCUAUAAUGUCAGUCAACCAAAAGGAUUUUGUAACCACUGCUACGUCACCAUUCCAACAUGACGCUGUCAGGUACAAUACCACCCUGUUGGACUUGGUCCAUUCCUUGAGUUCCAGCUCUGCUCCUAGACCACGGCCGCCUCUCUUAAGGGAAGCUUUUGCCUGGAAUCAGAGACCGGUCCAGGUCUGCCCCCGAAAGCUAACCCAGGCCUCAAGGGCGUGUGGGCCAUAUGAAGAGCUGGAAGAGAGUCGGAUCCUAGAAGAAAUCUUCUUCAUUUGAUGCUGAAGCAUGAGCUGCAGGAUUUCCACAAGAAUUAGGAUUUUAUGUCCCUGCCUCUGCAAUGGAUUUAUUUCUCCACAAAAUCAUUUUAAAUUAUUUGAUUGAAAAGUAACUGUGUCACUCCUUUCAUAGGGAUCUAUUUCACUAGCACCCUGUUAAAUUUGGAACUGAGAGAUCAUGCUAGUAAUCUAAGGUUUGGUCAGUCUAAUCAAAAUGUGUUAUAUUUUUUUAAAAAAUAGUUUUUCAUGUGCUGAGCAAUGAUUAGAAAAUUAACAUAAGACAUUAUUUCUUCAUCUCAGAAUCCAUUGUCUGUCCAGCAUCAUUUCCAGAGUGUAUUUCUUUCUCUGUCUUCUGUACACAAGGAGAAAGUUGGUUUUUGUUCAGAUAUCAUUCUUUAAUUAAAAAGAAGCAUUUUUGUAACACAGGCUAUUCUAAAAGGACAGGCUCUUUCACACUCUCUGUUUCUUUCACCACCAGCUGGUUUCCACAUUUAGUCUUUUAAUUCUGAAGCUGAGUUUUUUAAGCCUCAGUAAAGAAGGGUUCUUUUUCUUAUUCCCAGCAACACUAAUGGACAGGCCCUAAGGAAGCUCAGCAGGGAAUAGCCUGUAAAUGUCUGCUAUCUGGCAAGAGGGGCCCAUAGGAAUAAAUGAGGAAAGAAUACAAGUCAGUCCUCUGAACUACACCAUAAUAUAUGAAUGAAUACUAUAGAAACCUGGAAGCAUUGAAUGGUUGCCUCUGAAUUCAGGGGGAAAAUCCAAAGAGGAAAUAAACCUGAAGCAAUUUUCCUACCAGUUUACACUAUUUGGUGGUCACCACCAUUUCCCAUAGGCAAUAAGACUAAUCUCUAUAUAUUUUUUAAACUGAAAAUCUCUAGGGUACAGAAUCCCCACCAGCAUUUAAUUAUGUACAUAUAAUCUGUUUGAGCUCAACCAGAUGUUCUGUUAUAUGUUUCAUGCAUUUGUGUAAGGGAAGAUGAUGUAUGAGUAGAAAAAUGGCAGCAGAGUUCUAAAGGCUGAAUGGCUCCAUCUAUCCCUGUUGUAAGGUUAACAUUUCUAUGAUCUCCAAAACUGUGGAUGUCAGUGAUGGGGAAGUACAAAUAUUGCAUUGUAGGGACUUGAAUCCCUACCAGGUAUCCUAGGGACCUAUUUACCAGGCUUACCUCUGUACCAGACAGAGACCUCUUGUACUUCUAACUCUGCCUUUCAUUUGCCCCAAAGUUCAGCUGAGAUCAAGCCUCUGUAGAUCAGCUUUGGCAGCUAAAAUUAAGCUUGCCAGCUAUGCAGAGGUCUCACUGUGACAAUAGUUCCAGAUUUAUAAAACUGCUUGUUGUAAGGACCUCCCUGGAAUCUUGGAUUAAAUUUGCCCUGUUCUGCUGUACUGUGGAUCUGAAGUUUUUGGAACUAGGAAGGUGUAAGUAAUUUGAUUAUUAGUUUGAGCCCAAAGCUAUUCCGUAUGGAUUAUCCCUUUUGGUUGGACCCCCAGGCUUUGUCUCAUUGCUCUAUGCUUUGAAGAAAUGAGAAGAGAAAAUUUUAUUUCUUCCAUAUUUUUUCAUAUGCACUAAAUUUGUAGUUAUCUCCAGAAUUUCCUCUUCUCUCUCCCUGCCACCAGAACUUUAUCCUCAGAUACAGCUGUUCAUUUGAAAGGUUGAAAACUUGCUUUCGAUUGCAGAAUAAAAGGUCACUUCUGUGAAGGAAACCAAGCCAGUCCUAUUCUUCUUUAGGUAUAGAUAAUGGGGGAGGGAGGAAGGAUGCAAAGAGGGAAAGGGGAAAUCUAGGGAAGUUUUGAAUUUCCACCAGGUCUUGGAGAUUUGGACCAUUUUUUCAAUGUGAAAGGAACUGAAAUAUGAGUAACAAGCCAAAGCCAUUCUCUUCAGUAAAACCAGUAGACCUCCUUGGCAUCCUUAGCCACCUCACCCUCAGUAGCCUGUGUGGCUCACUGGCCGUGGAUAAACUCCAUUCUCCUGGAUUAGCUGUGCUUAACAGGGAUACCAAGUCUACCCCCAAAAAACUCAGCUUGACAGAGGCUUUCACAAAGGUGACCAAACUGAUAGACCCUCUUCCUCCUUAAUUCAGUGGUCUUUUUACACUCUUCAGUAAGCCCCAGAUUCUGGAAAUCUGGCAAUCUUUGGAAGAACGACAUUUCAAGGUCUCAACCAAACACUUACCUUGUUUCACUCAGUUACUACAGCUUUAAUUCCUUCUUUUAUUAGCUAGCGAAUGGACCAUUUGGAAGUGCAAAGUUUGUUUUCCAGCAGUGCCUUUACACCUAUAUCUCCUUUUCCAUAAGCCAGCCCCCCUUGGUUGUUCCUUAUUAUUUUCUGAGUGUUGAUCUUGAAUUCCUUCUGGGGGAGGGCAUAUGUAUAUAUGUAUAUAUAUAGAUAUAGAUAUGAAUAAUCCAACUUGUUCAUUACCAUCUGAGUGUUGUGUUUUGGCAUUUUAAUCUGUAUUUUAGUCUGAUAAAAAUGUAAAUAUGUAUGUGUGUGUGCAUGUGCAUGCACACACACACACACACACACAUAUUGAUAUAUCGAGGUAAAGGAAUUGUUGGAACUUUGAGACCUAAGCCUGCAUGUAGAGUGUCCCAGUUGUUAAGUGACCAUUUCUGGACUUUUAAAUUAUAAAGUAGAAAAGAGUCCAUCUCACUCCCUACCUCCAUCCCUUGCACGUACACCCAUGUCAUCCUAUCCCUGCCAGUUGGAAAGAUUUGACAGAAUCCUAAUGAGGAUUUGGUGCUAUGCAGAAGCAUUCCUCAACCAAGCUUCAAGUCAUAUCUCAGAGGAGCAUUUGGGCACAGAGAAAGCCCAAGUCAGGGGCGUGUAUGCAGUUAUAACUCUGCUUUCCUUUCUACCCCAUAGGGCCAGGAAGAAAAAGUAAUCAAUGUUUAUAAAGUAGAAAAGAACCAAAUAAAUCUUUAAGGAAUUAUUUUCAAAGUAAUUUAAACACUUGGUGUUAAAAGUCAAAAAUCAACAAUUAAAAACAGUCUUCCACCAUUGAUCUUUCCAGAAGAACUUUUUGCAUCCACAUAGUACCUACCCAUGGUUGGCUUGUCCAGAGUACCCUUAGCUAUCAUGGAAUAAGGGGGAGCACUUGUACCCCUUCCUCAAAGAUUGUUCUUAACACUCACCUCCUCCUCCAGUUCUAUGGCAACUACUGGGAAAUCUGUUGGAUGGCAGGGGGAUUCAUGGGGCCUCUGGUUAUGUCUAGUCUGUGGUAACCAGAGAGGUCUCCCAUCACCCCUUUCAGCUUUGUGCACGGUAUUUUUUAAUGUGGGUCAGUGGUUAUUAUAUACAUAUGAAGUUUUAAAGUUAAUAAAUUUUAUGGCUUGUUUUCCUUCAUAUUAUUCUAGUAUUGGCUUAUCCAUAUAUCGUUUUCAUCUGCAAGACAGGCCUGCUUUGAAAGCAAAAGCAAACACAGAACUCUGCUGGACAUUGAUACAGCUUUCCUAAAGCUUAUCUUCCUAGCCUGAGCACCACUUUAGUCUCCGUGUAGACACUAGGCUCCUUCCAGGUGGAUUAGAAGCAGGGGUGAAAUAAUGAGAUAUUCUAGUCCAUUGUUUCAACUUAAAGAAGCUUCACAGAAGAAUUAAAU